CCAAAGUCCUAAAAAACAAAAUGUUACUUUACAAUCCGCUUAUAAAAGAUAUUAACAAUGGAGUCAGGAAUGGAUACCCAAUUUCCAACUACAAGCAAUUAGCAACCAAUAACCAUACACAACAAUGAUUUUUUGUUUUAAUAUGUAGAUGGAUUAAUAAACCUGUUUGAUGGCUACUAUUAAAAUGCCUUUUUGGAGGGUUUAAUUUGAUCAUAUGGCUAAUUUAUAGAAGUUGAAUAACAUUAAAGGUAUGUUUGGUUGCUGAAUAAAAAUAAGGUGAAAAUAUUCCUAUAAGAUAAACUAUAUAUGUGUGUUGUAUGUGUGUUGAAAAUGAAUAUUAUAAUUAUGGAAAGAAAGCAUGGCCCACAUUAUCUGCAGGAAAGUGCAAAAGUAGAGAUUGAUAGCCUUUCAUUGCUUUCAGUUGCACAAGCAUAACUAACAUGAAACCUGUUGUUUUUUUAGUUCAAACUUAGCACUCAAAAUAACAAAGAUGGUUGAAUUGAGUUAGAUAAAAAAGGGUUACUAAAUAUAAUAUUACAUAUGAUGUUUUCUUCUUCUCAUGCUUCUUCAUUCCAAGUUCCAACUCCAUUCAACAAACCAAGAAAGCAGCAGCAUCAACAGCUACUAUGGAAGUCUUAUCAUCCAAUUCAACAAACCAAUCUUCAACAAAGCUUAUUCAGUUCUGUUCAUCUUCCUUGUCCUUUGAAGAGAAACCUCCACAAGUGCUUCUUACAGAAGCAGUCUCAAUCCACACAAGAGGAAGAACAGCAACAAUUUGAGUUUGAGAGGCUGUUCUCAAACCUUAAUCAAGCGACUUUGAAAAGGGAACCUGGAAGUUUAUCCAGUGCAAUUUUGCUUGUUGCAGGCACCACUGUUGGUGCAGGAAUCCUUGCAAUACCUGCAGUGACACAAGAAUCAGGAUUUUUAGCAUCUGCAGUUACUUGCAUUGUUUGUUGGAUAUUCAUGGUUUCAACAGGGUUGCUUAUUGCUGAAGUAAAUGUCAAAACCAUGUGUGAACUUGGUUCUGGUGGUGUAUCACUGGUAUCCAUGGCCAAAAGAACUUUAGGAACAGCCGGAGUUCAAAUUUCAAGUUGGUCAUAUAUCUUCAUCCAUUAUGCACUUCUUGUUGCCUAUAUAGCGCGAUCUUCAGAUAUCUUAACAAAUUAUCUCGGCAUUCCAAUAUGGGAAAGUGCAACCUUGUUUUCAUUGAUAUUUGGAGGCUUAUGCUUCUUUGGAAGCCAGCGAUUUAUUGGUGCGAUUAAUGGUGUUCUAGUAAUUGGUCUCAUUGGCUCCUUUGCUGCUCUUGUGGCAGUUGCAAGUGGAGAUGUACACUUGGAUGCUCUUCUGAAAGCCAACUUCCAAGCUGCUCCUGCGAGUAUACCAAUUAUUGCACUAUCGUUUGUUUACCAGAAUGUGGUGCCUGUUGUUUGUACAAAUCUUGAAGGAGACAUGACAAAAGUAAGGACUGCAAUAAUCCUUGGAACUGGGAUAGUUCUUGCUCUAUUUCUCAUAUGGAAUGCUGUUAUCCUGGGAACUAUUACUGACAAUUCAAUGGGUGUCGAUCCAUUACAACAAUUGCAGUCGAUGAGUGGAGCAGUUGGACCUAUUGUUGCAGCCUUCUCAUUUCUUGCAAUCACCACAUCUUAUAUUGGAUUUGUUUUGGGUUUAUCAGACUUUCUUGCAGACUUGCUGCAACUCCCAAGUGGCCAGAACAAGCCUCUGCCAUACAUACUGACUUUAAUUCCACCAUUAAUACUAGCAUUGUUGGACCCAGAAAUAUUUUUCAAAGCCUUGGACUUUGCAGGAACAUAUGGAGUGUUGGUGCUUUUUGGAGUUAUUCCAGCUGCAAUGUCAUGGUCUGAUAGGUACUCAAAUUCAUCAUCUGCAUCUGUGAAAAUACCUGAACUAGUUCCUGGAGGGAAGAUAACACUACUACUGGUGCUUGGAGGAUCAGGAUAUGUGGUUCUUUCUGAAUUGAUUCAGAACUUUCAGCACCUUUGAAGAAAGUCAUGUAGCUACUAUGUUCUUCCCCCUCUCUUAUAUAAGUUUUCUAUUAUUACUACAAUAUAUGUUACUGUAUAAAUUAUUCCACUUUGGAGAACCUGCUAGCUGUAUAAAUUGAUUGGAGAUCAAGAAAAGAAUAAAGAAACAUAUCUUGUUUAUAUAUGGAUCAUACCAAUAUCAUAAUGUCUUGUUUAUUGUA